GAAGUGGCGGCUGAAGUGCCGCAGGCGGGGCUCCCAGUCGCCGUGUGAGUGGGAGGCGGCGGCGGCUGUGGCUGCAGCUGGGGUGAGGCGCGAGGCGGCGCGCUCGACGGCUGACUGGAGCAGCGGAUGUAAGUCAGAGUACAGCAGAAAAUGUCCACUGAACGAACUUCUUGGACAAGCCUGUCCACCAUUCAGAAAAUAGCCCUGGGCCUCGGGAUCCCAGCCAGUGCAACAAUUGCCUAUAUCCUAUACCGCAGGUAUAGGGAAAGCAGAGAAGAGCGGCUGACAUUUGUUGGGGAAGAUGACAUUGAGAUAGAGAUGCGGGUUCCCCAGGAGGCUGUGAAGCUCAUCAUUGGCCGGCAAGGAGCCAAUAUUAAACAACUGCGGAAACAGACAGGUGCUCGGAUUGAUGUGGACACAGAGGAUGUAGGCGAUGAGCGAGUGCUGCUUAUCAGUGGUUUUCCUGUUCAGGUGUGCAAGGCCAAAGCAGCAAUCCAUCAGAUCCUGACAGAGAAUACCCCAGUGUCUGAGCAGCUUUCAGUUCCCCAGAGAUCUGUGGGCAGAAUCAUAGGGAGAGGCGGCGAGACGAUUCGUUCUAUCUGUAAGGCCUCUGGAGCCAAAAUUACCUGUGACAAAGAAUCAGAAGGGACAUUACUACUAUCAAGACUUAUAAAAAUCUCAGGAACACAGAAGGAAGUGGCAGCAGCCAAGCAUUUGAUACUGGAGAAAGUUUCAGAAGAUGAAGAGCUUCGAAAGAGAAUUGCUCAUUCUGCAGAAACCAGAGUCCCACGCAAACAGCCAAUCAGUGUGAGAAGAGAAGACAUCACAGAGCCAGGUGGAGCUGGAGAGCCAGCUUUAUGGAAAAACACCAGUUCUAGCAUGGAGCCGGCUGCACCCCUGGUGACUCCUCCACCCAAAGGAGGAGGCAACAUGGCUGUGGUGGUGCCAAAGGAAGGUUCCUGGGAGAAACCUAGUGAUGACAGCUUUCAGAAGUCUGGAGCCCAGGCCAUCCCAGAGAUGUCCAUGUUUGAAAUCCCCAGUCCUGACUUCAGUUUCCAUGCUGAUGAGUACCUAGAAGUCUACGUCUCUGCUUCUGAACACCCUAACCACUUCUGGAUCCAGAUUGUUGGCUCCCGCAGCCUGCAAUUGGAUAAGCUUGUCAAUGAGAUGACCCAGCACUAUGAGAAUAGUGUGCCUGAAGACUUGACUGUGCAUGUAGGAGACAUUGUAGCAGCACCUUUACCUACAAAUGGUUCCUGGUAUCGAGCCAGGGUCCUUGGCACCUUGGAGAAUGGGAACUUGGACCUCUACUUUGUUGACUUUGGAGAUAAUGGAGAUUGCCCACUGAAGGACCUCAGGGCUCUCAGGAGUGACUUCCUAAGCCUUCCAUUUCAAGCAAUAGAAUGUAGUCUGGCACGGAUCGCUCCCUCAGGUGACCAAUGGGAAGAGGAAGCUUUGGAUGAGUUUGAUAGACUCACUCAUUGUGCUGACUGGAAGCCUCUGGUAGCCAAAAUCUCUAGCUAUGUCCAGACUGGGAUCUCAACUUGGCCAAAGAUCUACUUAUAUGAUACUAGCAAUGGGAAGAAACUUGAUAUUGGGCUAGAAUUAGUACACAAAGGAUAUGCAAUUGAGCUUCCUGAAGACAUAGAAGAAAACAGAGCUGUCCCAGACAUGUUGAAGGACAUGGCCACAGAAACAGAUGCCUCUCUCAGCACCUUGCUCACUGAGACCAAAAAGAACUCUGGAGAGAUAACACAUACCCUGUCCUGCCUCAGCUUAUCAGAAGCUGCUUCCAUGUCUGGUGAUGAUAACCUUGAAGAUGACUACUUACUCUGAAGUCUGGGCUUCAGCUUGCUCAGCCAUCUGCUUUGCUGUAUGUUGGCUGCAAUGAACUCGCUGAAGCAUGCUCAGCCCUGGAAUUGGUGCUACCAGAGUUCCUUGGGGAACCUUUACUCUUUAGAGAUCCCUAAUAUAAAUCAUAAGACUUCCUACCCUGGAAAAUGAGUAAUGUCUCAUUCUUACCUGCAGUUUGUUACUAUGUAUAAAAGUCUUUUUCUUUAAUAUGCCUUUAAGUCUGACCUGUUUACAGCCCAUUCUGAUGGGCUGUCAUUCUGUUAGUAUAACCCAGUACUUUUCCUGCUCCCUGGAAUGCUGUCUUGUAUGUUACCUAUUCUGUCUGUUGAGAAUCCCCCACUUGGACCAAAGCCAAGAGAUCUAUGUGUCUUCUCUGGUUUUCUCCACAUCUAUAGCACCUCAACUGAAAUAUAUGGAUAAAAACAGCCCAACAAAGCUUAGUCUUUCUGAACUAGGGAUUUCACUGAUUAGUGCUCAGUAAAUGGUUAGAAUAAAUGAGGAAAUGGUUUGGGGCAUGGAGGAAGGCAAAGGGAACCAAAAAUCCUUGGGUACUUUCCCUCUGUAGUUCAGGUCCCUGUGAUCUUUUUAGUGAAUUUAGCUCUGUAAGGUGUAUGUCCCACUCUAGCCAACCCUAUUACCCACCCCCGCCCCCCACCCCCGCCCCCACCCAAGAAACAGUGAACACUUGAUGAUUGCAACUACCCUUUAUUCCUAGGAUGGAAGGUGUUCUGAAUUACAUCUCGGGCCCCUGAUCCCCAGGUGUCAAGGCUUCUAGCCCCUCAAAGCGUUGGAAUAAGCACGUUCAAGGAGGCUCACUGGGCAGGUGGCCAACAUCCCUUUCAAGGGGAUACACCAUAAAGAUGACAUUGUCCCAGGGAGGGAGGGCAGGGUGACCUGGUCUGACCACCUCAAAGCCCAUGUAGCUGAAGGCCCGCAGCAGGGCACCUGUGAAAGGAUAGAACAAAUGAUUAGAACAUGCUUUAAAACUCAAUACAUGUAUGCCCCCAGAUUUGAUUUCUUCCACUAGGGAGUGGCCCUGGGAAGCAGUGUAGUGCAGGCAUAUAGGAUGUGCUUUAGUCAAACAGACCUAGGCUCUAACCUCGGCUUUAACACUUGUUCUGUGAGUUAGUCCUUCAGAACUUCAGUUUCCCAUUUAUAAAAUUUUCCAUGUAUAAAUCAUAGAACCUUCCUCCUCACAGAAUUUAAGAUUAAAUGAGAUGUUCAUGAAGUGCUUAACACUAGAGAUUGGUGAGGUCUACUUAUAUACUAAUACAAUGAUGGCAUAGUAAGCUCUGAAAUAGUAGCUAUCACUUAUGAAUGGUUAUUCACCAUCCCUUGUCUUAUAUCCAACAGAGUUUGAACUCCGUGAGGCAAGAGGCUGUGGUUUUUGUAACAUAUGCUCCAGGCAUCUAGUUAAAUAUGUUCCCAUUCCCUUGGCCUUAUGUCUGACCCUUUCACAUUGUACGUGCUCAAUAUAUUUGAGAUCCAUUUUGUCCUGCUGACCACAUCCUUCGAGUGGAUUCUGUCUAAUUUUGCCAGUGCUCCUUCAGUCUGGCCCCUAACACCACCUGCAGGGGCUUCCUCAGAGUCCACUUGUAACUUGAUGGAACAGAAUGGAAGGCACUUUAACUUCCUUCGCGGUGGGUGGGAAGAAAAUAAUCCCUGAAAUGCCUGAGGGUGCAUUUUUAAAGAUGGGGGAAGAGGGUCUCCUAUAAAGGAAAAGCAGUUAUCCAGCUGCCUCAGUACGAAAAGCAAGGAAGAACAGCAGAUCCCCACCUCUGUCGUUCCGAUCAUUCUGGAAGUUCACAAACACGGAGUCCACAUUUGUCUUCUCUUCCACGUACUCCAGCGUUGCAGUCAAACUAGCAGCCACAGAAAAACAGUUAAAAUGUUUGGCCAACUCAGAAUCCAGAAAGACACCUACUUGGAGCAGAAAAUAUCUUAUUGGUUGUUUUCUGCCCUCCACCCACCCAAGCCAGGAAAUGGAAUUUGUUAAACUAGUUUUGGUAGAUUUUUCUCUGAAGCCAAGAGAUUGCACACCACUGGAUGUAAGCCACAGAAGGGGCCUGGAGAGAAACGACUACUGAGAUGAACAGUUAGAAAGUACUUCCCGUUAUUCAACUAUUUCUGGAUCUGAGUCCAACUUCCCAUGGACUCUUAUCCCUUGAAACCCAGAUCCUGGCUUAGCUCACAGGCUUGUCUGCAUGCCAGGUGAAUGGAUUGCUUAUAUCUAGCUCUAGAAUUAGCCCUAUGUACUAUGACAUGAUAGAAGGGUGAAAUCCCCUACCUGUUCCCUCCCCAUUCUCCCUUCCAGGCUCAGUCACCUUUCCCGGUUGCCUUGAUCCAAGGCCCGAUAUGGGAUAUCCAGGAAGAGUCGACGGUCACAGAGAAGGCCGUGCCAAUGGGCGGAGGUUUGGGAGGUGAGGCGGAAGUGAAAGUCUAACUGUACUGGGUCCUGGUGGAGCAGGGGGUCAGUAGCUAGCACCGUCAAGUUCCCAGCCUGGAAAAGGAGUAAAAAUGCUCCUCUAGCCUUCAAAUCAGACCUCAGGCAGAUUGGGGUGUGUCCAUUGAAGCAAGGUGGGCGUUGAUGGGGGGAGCCUGGGAGAAUCGGAGCCAAGAUCUUAAAGAUGCAAUAAUAUCCUUUAGUCCUAGGAACUAAUAGCCUAUGCCUAUUAUGGAGUUCUCCUUUAUAUCAAACAAUCCAGCUGAGGCAGUAUUACUGCCUGCUGACUUCAACGCAGGAGUACGAUAACCAUUUAGGAACUUAGAAAUGUUUACAUCAGAGAGCUUAGGAUUUAAACAAAGCUUUAUAAUGUGCUUCCUUUCUCACUAAUAAUUUACACUUUUUUCAUUAUAUGGGUUUUCUCUAAAUUCUUCUAUUUAAAAUGCUAUGAUUACAACCAGGCUUGUUAUUGCAAUAUGAUAUGUGGGCAAGUUCUGGAUUCCAGAUCCUGCAUAGCAUCUAAACAGCUUUAUGUCCCAGAAGUCCUAUAAAGUUCGUUCUACCUUUGUCCCCACUCCCUUUUUUCCCAUCCUGAUUUUCACUACCAUCUGUAUGACCUUGAUUUUAUAGUCUGUGGGCCAGAAUCCUUGUCUAUAUAAAAAGUAGCUUUUACACAUGCAUUCCAGGAUUCCAUCUACCUCUAUAAUUGAUCUUCCAACUUGCCAAUGUCCCUCCUCUGCAAGGUAUGCAAGCAAAGGGCUGCCCUGUCACAGCACCAGCUCACAGUUCACUUACCGAGUACAGUUCUUUAAGCUGGUCGUGGUUACCCUGCUCGGUGCUUUUGCCCACCUGGAGGCCUACUAGGGACUCAGGAGCACUGGAGGCAGGAACGGGGCUGGAGUGUCAAGUCCUCCUCUUCCUUAUAAGUGAUGCUGGUUGGGAAGGAGACCCAAAUUAGUUUAUCUUGGAAUCUGAGAUGGGAAGACAUAACUUCUAGAUACACAGUACCAGGCUCUGGCAUGAUCUGUAUUUUCUGUUGUCCAGCCUGUUUCUAUGUUCCUGGGUCAACCAGAUGGAAAUAUUCUAAAGUUCCAUGCCAGCUUUCCACCCCCUAUUCUGUUGUUAUUUCUUGCUAUUUGGGAAAUUCUUUCAAAUUCUUACACUUUUUCCUUACAUUUUAUAUAAACAACUACAAACAGAGAUGAAAAGAAGUACCUUUUAUAACAACGAGGCAGCAUCUUCUCCCGGAGGGUGAUCCGGUACUUGUAACAGUAAAGGUAAUAGGCGUAUGGUGACCAGAUCGGGUAGAGGUAGUUACGUGUUUUUCCCCUCUUGAUAUAAGAAAGGGAGUAGACAGAGGGGCGACACCUGUUACAAGGCAGUUUUUCAGUUCAGUGCCUCCCUGUGGCAAAGUGAGGUUCACAGGUGGGUGGCAGAGGUUUAGGCAACCUGGUGUCAUUGUGACCCACUGGGCACUAUGACAUGGACAAGGGGUCAGCCCUUAUGUCACCUCAGGACUCCACUCUGCUGCUCACCUACCCUAAUCCCUUAUCUAAGGCUCAUAUUCGACUAGUAUGGACGUUAUGGCUGUAUGAAUGAUUUAAAAAUAGAACUUGAAGACUUCUGUA